AUGUACACCCAAUCCGAUUACUUUUCCCAAUUCGUCCAUCGGUCUUCGCUUCGCUUCCGUGUGCGACUGGCGUUGUUGCGUCAACAACAGCGACGCUCCCGCCUCACCAUACCCGCAAUAACGUUUACCCUCGACGACUAUUCCGAUGCGGACUGCAUCGAGAAGUUUCGCUUCACCAAAGCGUCCUUACGCCGUUUAUCCGCGUGCUUGCGCAUCCCCAGUCGAGUUGUGACGACCGAACGUACUUCAUGCAGUGGCGUCGAGGCGUUAUGUGUACGUUUUGCGGUCCCUGAUCGUUGGUCAGGCUUGAUCUCAAUGUUAGGACGGUCCCAGAGUGGGUUGUGCAACAUUUUCCUGCAUGUCCUCGACCAUAUCCACAACAAAUUCGACGAAAUCAUAUUUCUCGAUAGAUACCGGAUCAGCGCCCAACUAGUCGAGUACAGUAAUGCGAUCAUUGCAAAGGGUGGUGAAGUUCAAAACGUGUGGGCCUUCAUCGACGGAACCGUUCGUGAGUGCUGUCGACCGAGUGGUGAUGAACGUCAUCGAACCGUCUUCAAUGGACAUAAACGACGCCAUGCCGUCAAGUUCCAAUCGUUGGUCACCCCCGAUGGCAUCAUCUCCCAUGCUUUUGGGCCGAUCGAAGGUCGACGGCAUGUCCUAACCAUCCUGCGGCAGUCGAAUUUGGAGAACGUGUUGGCUGACGACGAUCGCUUUGCUGAGUUUGUUGUGUACGGUGAUCCAGCCUACGGCUAUUCAAACCAUCUGGCCUCGCCGUUUGGAGGUGCCCGACUUACGGAUGCCCAGCGCGUCGUGAACAAGAGUAUGAGCCGCGUUCGUAUUAGUGUGGAGUGGUCGUUCGGACAAGUUGUUCGAUAUUGGCCCAUUGUUGACUACAAAAAGAAAAUGCGGAUUGGAAACAGUCCAAUUGCCAAGAUGUACAAAGUCGCCGUGCUCUUGACAAACUGCAUUACGUGCGAUCGUGACCCGCAGUCGCAACAACUUCCGCCAUUGCAACAUUCGUACUGUAUCACUCAACGCACGCCAUCCCAACACCACCACCACGGCACCUGCCGCCUCUACAACUCCCGCCGCCACGGCAAUACUAAUACUGACAUGCAACCACCAGUGGUGGUCGCGUACUUCAUAUCGAAAUAA